AUGCCCGAUGAAGUUCACGAGGGGAAGAUACCAAGAUCAGAUCCCUUGAGGAUGGAGCGCACUCGGUGGCUGGAUGGCCUUCGUGGCCUCGCAGCAGGGAUUGUUGCUUUUGACCACCUGUUCAUGGAUAAUAUCUGGUUCCCUUUUGUUUCCUUCUGGACCAAUCCACCGGAGGCAAACCGCAGCUUGGUUCAAUUACCUCCCAUUCGGAUCUUGUUCUCAGCCCAUGCGAUGGUAACCCUGUUCAUGGUGAUCUCCGGCUAUGCCAUUUCUGUCAACCUAAUCAAAGACCCCAAGAGCCCAAACUUGUUGGCUCGAAUCUCAUCCGCCAUUGUGCGGCGGGGGUUUCGCAUCUAUCUUCCUAUGCUAGUGACAGCAGGCAUUGCACAGCUAUUCUAUUUUCUUAAUGUUUAUCAUUGGGAAUUCGAUGAAGCUCUCGUGGCCGAACUGCCCCGCCCCCUAUCGGCACCAUGGGCUCAUGUCAAGUAUUUGCUCAACUAUAUGGCCCAAAACAUCAAUAUUGUUGCUUUCGAGCCGCCCGGGGGCCUGAAUGGUCAACUAUGGACUAUGCCUCUUGAAUUCAGAGGAUCAAAUGUGGUCUAUCUUCUCAUUACUGGGCUUUCCACGUGGCGCAUGAAGUUGAAGCUGUAUGUGCUUCCCGUGAUUGGUGGAUUUUUCAUUUGGUAUGGCAACUGGGAUACUUUUGGUUUCAUCUGGGGCCUCUGGCUGGCGCAAAGAGCGGUGUCUGCCACUGCCAAUUCCGGCGAGCAAUCUAAUGCUGAACUGGAAAUGGCAGAGUUUGACGGUAGCCAUAAUUCGACCGUUGCCUUCCCUGGUACAUUAGGGCAUUUCGGACCAGGUCGCCGAUUUGGGAGAAUUCGAAUGAAAAACAAGAAGCUCAUUUUGUCCCGCCUGGCAAAAGCGUUGACGUUCGUGCUGGGAUACUACCUGCUUUGUCUGGGAAGCGAUGGCAUCUUACCUCCUGGGUACCAAUUUCUCUCUGCCUUGCAUCCAUCUCGCUGGAAGGACAAAUGGCAUAUCUAUCACUGGUGUUGGAAGUCCAUCGGAUCCGCCAUGCUUGUAUAUGCGAUCGGCGAGUUCCCAACCUUACAAAGGCCUCUUACGACGCGGCCAGUCCAGUAUCUGGGUAAAAUAUCCUUCGCCCUGUAUCUGCUUCAUGAGACGAUCUAUCAACUAUGGAGGAACCCAUUCCGCAACUUCGUAUAUCUCAUACUGAGCGGAAGUCAGUAUGAAAACAGUGGACAGGCUUCAGGAGCCGAUCCAUUUGCGUUUUACCUCACUUGGUACAUCACGGGUGCUGUCCUGGGAGUAGUCACUAUAGUUGCGGCGCAUUACUAUACGAUUCAUGUAGAUAAUAGGUGCGUGGCCCUUGCGAAGAGGGUGGAUCGAUGGCUUAGUUUUCGAUAG